GCGCGCAAAGGCUCCAAGCGGCAGGCAUCCGAAGCGAAAAGUUUGAAUGUUCAACGGACGAUUACACGUACGGUUCGUCACCGAAGGAUAGUGAAAAGCAGAAUUAAUAUUUGGGAGGUUUUAAUUACGCGAGCGUGGCUGAAGGUCAUUUUUACGAGAAGAUGAACGACUCGAAGGUUAAUAAGAAAGAUAAAAAUCAGCACAUUCAAGUCUUCGUUAGAGUCAGGCCUCCAAAUACUGCAGAAAAAGUUGGAAAAUCUCUCACGGUAAUCGAGGUGCCAUCUAACAAAGAUUUGAUCGUUCGUGAAAGACCGCAAGAUAAACUUUCAAAGAAAUUCACGUUCGAUAAAGUUUUCGGACCUGCGUCGAAGCAGGUUGACGUAUACAAAGCAGUGGUUAGCCCAUUAUUAGAUGAAGUACUGGCUGGUUACAAUUGUACGGUAUUCGCUUAUGGCCAAACUGGAACUGGGAAAACCUUCACUAUGGAAGGAGUUACUAACGACCCUGCCUUACAUUGGCAGAGUGAUACUUCCGCGGGAAUUAUACCUCGUUCUUUAAGCCAGUUGUUCGAUGAAUUACGUAUACUCGAUGCACAGGAAUACUCAGUUCGUGUGAGCUUUCUAGAACUAUAUAAUGAGGAACUUUUUGAUCUCCUUUCACCUAACGACGAUGCUUCGAAAAUCAGAUUAUACGAAGAUGCUUCAAAAAAAGGAGCAAUUAUCAUCCAUGGUUUAGAAGAAGUAACAGUACAUGACAAAAUUGAAGUGUAUAAAAUUUUAGAGAAGGGUUCGGAAAAAAGGCAAACCGCGGCAACUUUGAUGAACGCACAGUCCAGUCGGUCGCAUACGGUUUUCUCUAUUACCGUGCACAUAAAGGAAAACACUGUAGAUGGAGAAGAACUUUUGAAGACUGGCAAAUUAAAUCUGGUGGAUUUAGCAGGAAGCGAAAAUGUAGGGAGAUCGGGUGCAGUCGACAGGAGAGCUAGAGAAGCUGGAAACAUUAAUCAGUCUUUGUUGACUCUUGGGCGAGUGAUUACGGCCCUUGUAGAGAGAGCACCCCACAUACCUUAUCGGGAAUCAAAAUUAACUCGACUUCUUCAAGAGUCUUUGGGUGGCCGCACGAAAACUUCUAUAAUCGCGACAAUAUCUCCAGCCAUUAUGAACCUGGAGGAAACACUGUCAACACUGGAUUAUGCCUACAGAGCUAAACAUAUUACAAAUCGCCCGGAAAUAAACCAAAAACUUUCAAAGAAAGCUUUGCUCAAGGAAUAUACGGAAGAGAUAGAACGACUGCGUCGUGAUUUAUUGGCUACUCGCGAACGAAAUGGGGUGUAUCUUGCUCAAGAAAAUUAUAACGAAAUACAAUCGCUACUAGAUCACCAAGGCAGGGAAAUUCAGAUAAAAAUUAAUCACAUAAAAGCAUUAGAGGAACACAUGCUGAAAAGAGAAGAAGUGUUUAACGAAUUACAAACAAUACACACGAAACAAGCUAAAGCAUUAUACAAAACCCUGGAAUCUACAAAAAAUACAUUAAAGUCUACUGAACUCGAUAGAGAUAUUCACAAACAUUUAGUUGAGAAACAUGUUAAUACCGAAACAGUUCUUCGUAAUCAAGCUCAGACAUUACUUGUUGUCGCUGAUUCGGCAUCCACCGACACGUAUAAACUUCAUGAUAAAAUUAGACGCAAAAAACAAGUGGAAGAAGAAAACGAAAAUUUGGGACAUCAGUUCAAAGAACAUAUUACACAACGAUUCGUAAAUAUCGAAAAGGAUCUCUCGGUCUAUACUCAAGAUUUAGUACAAUUCUUUCUCAGCAUGAAAGAUAAAAUUGGUGCGAGUAUGGAUACCCAAAUUAACGGAAUCGAUACCGUUAUUCGUCAUGCGUCAUCAGAUUUAGUAAAUCAAGAGUCUGCUAUCUCAAAUAAUUUGGUGCGGAAUGUAAAUAAAUCGUUUGAAUGUUACCAAUUGUGGGUUGACAAGCAAAUUCAGGAAGUGGUAGCUAUUUCUAAAAGUGAAUGUUAUGCAUUAAACAAACUGUCAGCAAUGUUAGCACCAAAACUUUACGAACUAGUUCAGAACAAAAUUGCCGAAAAUUUAUAUGAAUUAAAUGAAGGUAUCACAAAGAGAAUCGAAGAAAUAUCUUCAUAUGUAAAACAGUCAGGCGAUCGCGUUUGUGACAAUUUACUCGCAGAUCGCGAUCGUUUGUGGCAAGCCGUUUCAGACAUUAAAGGAAUUGUCGAAACGUCCACCCAGAAACAGAACGAAAUGUUACAGAACCGACAAAAUUUUGUAAAGGCAUUUGAUGAGCUCUAUUUACACUUUAACACCUUGUGUAAAAAAGAGGAAGACGCACAAAGCGCAAUUUGUACCUCUUAUACUCAAUUGAAUGACAUCUGCGAAACUGUUAGCAACACAAGUAAAGUUAAUUACGAGCAAAGUAUCGCUAGCCACAAAAACUUUGAGGAAAAUGUUUUCAAACACGUGACAAGUUUAAAGGAAGAGAUCACAUCUAGUGCCGAAAAGAAUAGAGAACUGUCCAGGGACACCAUAGAACGGAGCAAACUAGUAAAUGAAUUGCAAACAGGAUUGAGCGAAAGCUGCAACGGGUGGUCCAAGUACAAGACCCUUCUUGAACGUAACGCGAAUGAAUUGAAACUUAAAAUGGCAGGGGAUCAAAACGCGAUCGUAUCGUCUGCUCGGGAGAUUCACCAAAUUGUCGCAGACUAUAGCGUAAAUCAUGACGAGUACAUGGAAGAUCAGCGAAGCAAAUUGCAAAAUUUGAAUUCGGAUGUGACUCGUAAGCUCGAGACUCAAGGUGUGGAAUCUUUAGAAUGGAACAACAAAAUCACUUCUACUCUGCGAACGACUCAACAUGAAGUUGAUAAAUUCCUCAUCGAAGAUUUACGUCGCGACGUGCCUACAGGUAACACACCUGCAAGGAAGGACUUCCACUACCCUCGCAAACUCGUUGCCACAUCACCCCACGAACGCAUUAUUCAGAGAUUCCGAGAAACUAGAGAAACCGUGGAAAUGUCCGAAAUGGAAGACGAGACCCUGCCCAAUGCAGACGACACGUUAAAACCAGAUACACCUAGCAUGGAGAUAAAUACUCUAGAUCAUUCUACUUUUCCUACCGGUAUGACAAUAAUGCGUUCCACUUCCACGCCUAGUAAUGUGGUGCAAAAGAAACUGUUAGGCGAUGACGACAAUCGUAAUGAUCGUUUGAUCAGAUCUGCUUCGGCAUCCGACAUUUCUGUUCUAUCAAGUCCAAUGUGUGAUCACAUUUUACACUCCGAGUCGGAUACUUGCCUGUGGAGUGCAAACAAAGAGAACGGUCAAGGUGAAUUCCCCAAACCGGAGAAGACUGUGAAUACAAAACCCGUAACCUCCAUACCUAAAUUGAAGCCCUCGAACCGCCGCGUUCUCGGAACGUUCAACUGAGAUCUUCAACAAAGUCUUGGCUAUCAACGAUUUUUUUCUAUACUCGUUCGCUACACAUAAGGUAGAUAAUUCGCGUGAUUCGAGAUUGCUACAUACGAUUCCAUUAUUUUAUAAACAUUUACUAAGUAAUGUCAUCUUGGAAAUAUUGUCUUCGUGAUAAGCUUAUUGAUAACCAUUUGUAGUUUGUAAUGAGGCUAUUUCAAACGCGCCGUACUUUCGAAUACGUUUAUAUAUUCUACAUACAAGUCCUACGUAUAUACAGAGAUAUAGAUAUCGUCACUUUAUCGCGCACCCGCUUUUUACUCCUUAUUUUAAACGUAGGCUCAUUUUUUUUAGCGUUGUAACGUCCAACAAUUAUAUCGCAAUGUUUCAGGGAUGUCCGCUGUCUUCUUUAGAACGUUGAUCACAUUGUUUGAUUUAUAUUUAAAUUUUGUACCGUUUUAUUGUUUCCAAAUGAAUCCCCAAUUGAAAAUUAAUAGGUUAACUUCAUUCGUGACUUGUAGUUUAACUUUAACGUAGUGGAUAAGUGAGAAAGUUAAAUUUUAGUGUAAUUGAUCAAAUAUUUGAAGGAAAAAUAAAGACAAUGUAAUGCA